CGAAAUGAGCUUGUCAGCUUUUGAUCGAGGUAAAAGAGUUUCCAUAUCUAUAUCGGGAGGAAGUAGCCGUUGCGUUCAAAACCCUGCAGCUAUAUCAUCAUCAAGCAAAACCCAGUACUCCUCAGCAGACAAAAUCUUUGCCGAAAUCACAAAAGAAGAUUUCAACCCAUUUUCCACCAAGAUUUUCCAGCAGCAGCGAAGAUCUUUGUCGAUUCUAAGGAAUCGGUGAAGAAUCAAAUCUAGGCAAGCGAAUCGGAUCUCCUUCCCCUUCUCUACAAUGUCGAGCAAUCCGGGGAACAAUAGAAGGUGUGCAGGGUGCAAGUAUUUGAGAAGGAGAUGCCCCAAAGAUUGCCUGCUGGCUCCUUAUUUCCCUCCCAACAAUCCCCUGAGAUUCGAAUCUGUCCACAAGAUUUUCGGUGCCAGCAAUGUCGCCAAGCUCUUACAGCAAGUGGCAGAGGAUCGGAGGGCAGAGGCAGCGGACUGCAUGGUGUACGAGGCGAGCUCGAGGGUUAGCAACCCAGUGUACGGAUGCGCUGGGAUGAUAUAUCAGCUGCAGGAGGAGAUAGUGAAGGUGCAAUUGGAGAUCCAGAAUGUGAAAGGCAAGAUAGCUUUGCAUAAUGCACAACAGUCGUUUUCGUCGGUGUUACAGCAGCAGCAGCAGCUGCAGGAAGAGCACAAGGAGAGGGUUAUAGGUGUUGUUGGAGCUAGUAAUGAUGUUCAUCAUAUGGGACUGCAGGAGCAGUGUGCAUACAAUUUAGGAACCACUGAGCUGGAUGAGUUCCUCUGGCCUGCUUCAGAGGUCAAUUCUGAUCAUCAUUUCAUCAAUUGAUUGUUGAUUAGUUUGAUUAGUUCCAUUUUGAUGAGCUUAGAGUACUGGAUCGAGUUCCCAUUUCGAUUGUGGUUUCAUUUUCAUAGAUCAUAUUGUGUACUUCUAUGAAUUAACACGCAACAAGUUUCCGAUACAAAGUUAUGCAUCUCUUAUCUACGAAUUUAUUUAUAUUCUUUUAUUUGCUCGACGCCAACAUGAUAGAUACAUUGUUUUUUUCAGCAUUGUAUAUUAUGUUAAAUUAGUCAGGUUUAUUAUGGUUUGGGAUAUUAAUGUGUAGGAUUUUGCAAGAUUUAGGAUUAUUAUUAAGGAUAUUUGACAAUUUUGGUAGUUAAUUGUUUUUUUAUUGUAAAAGCUGAAUUAUAAGUAUGUAAUGGGGAUUAUUAUUGAAUCUCUCUCGUGAAUUCCUUUUUCUCUCCCUAGUUAAGGCCAUCAGCCAUUGUCUCCCUCAAACGUUCUUCUAAAUCCCUAAUUCUAUCAUUAGAGCUUUCUAUAUCUAGUUCCAAAAUUCGUGUCUCCAUCACAACGUCAUUAAACUUUUAGACUUGAUUGUACUUACACCACAUGAAUGCAUAUCAUGUCUCCGCCUUAUUUUAUAAUCCACAUUGUACAUACAUCACACUUGCACCGUAUCAGGCCGAAUCACACCAUACCACGAAACAAAUACCCAAUUAUUAAAUUUCCAAUAAUCACACUACUAAGAAACUAGAAUCUUAGAAAGAAAAAAAAAGGAACUAAUACUUGUCUCUAAUAAUCAAGUUCUUGACUUCUAGAUGGGGAGAGUCACUGGAAAAAUAUAACUGAUGCCUUUGUUUUUCUUUCUUCUUCCUCCCCUCUAGAAAAAGAAAAGUAAUGACUUUGCAUGUGAUGAAGAUGAUGCAAUUGGGGAUUAGAUAGACUAUUAUUUUCUUUCCCAAGAAAUCAAGAAACCAUCCAACAUAAACUGGUUAGAUAUGAACAAUAAUGUAAAUAAAUGGGUGGCUGUGCUUGCUGACUCUUCUUUCUAAGGCAUUCAUAUACUUAUUUGACUUUCUCUGCCUAAUUUCUAGACUUAGACAACAGCUGAUGAUGAUCAUCUCUUCUUUCAUUGUUUAUUUCUUGUAAGGAAGCUGCAACUCCAUAAAUAUAUGUGGUUCUGGAAUCAUAUAGCAGCAGCAGCAGCCACCUGGAGUUGGAAAGAUAACCUAACCCUUAUGAUUGGCAGUUUGGCACCUAUCAAGCUCAUAGUUCACACAUAGAGGAGGAAUAGUAGGGAUAAGUUUGGGUGCAAUUAAAAGCGCAAUUUUGUCUGUUUGUCAAAUUUAGGGACCUCUCAGUACUUUAGGUGAAGACAAGAGAAUAGGAUACAAGAGAUUAGAAAGGGAGAGAAGAAAAAGAGAUUGUGGAAUGAGAUGAGGUUUGGUUCAAUCGUCUCAAAUGAAUUAAUAUAAUUGAUGAGGCUAUUUGAAUUAUUUUGAUUUGUAUCCAUUUGAUGAGGAAGGAUAAAAUAUUUCGAAAUGAUGUAAUUUCGAGACAAUCAAGUCAAAUUACCUCAUUUAUAAAAUUCAUCACCCAAAGGAUACCGUAUUUCUUUUUCAUGGAGCAGUUCAUCAUGUUGUUGAGUGAUAAAACAAAAAAAAAAUCUACUUAUAAAAUUUUUCCUUGUCUCCAUGUAGCGGUGGCGCGCAACGUUCCGAGCACAAUAUGUGCACGUUUGCCAGCACGUUCUCAUAGAUAGGUAAUGUUUUCGUCAGUAACAACGUACAAUCAAUUAUGCUACUAUCUACCAUAUACGUGUCUCUUGAUCCAUGUACUCUUUGUUUCGUUUCAUUUCGUCUAAUAAAUCAUCGCCAUUAUAAAAAAAAAGCUAUUGAUUAUCCAUAGAUAAAGAAAUGGUUGAUUGAGUAUACUUUCAAAAGCAGUGUACGUAUUUAAUUCGUGUCUUGGAACCAAGUCGUGGAGUGGGUGAGAGGGAUGAUAUAAGUGGUUUAUACUGAAGCAGCUUGCGGUAUAAAGGGGAAGUGUUCUUUCUAUCAAGUCAAACUAAUUAAGUACGUAGCAGCAGCAAGUUAAAUUUGUUCUAAUUUAUGAGGUUGCCGUACCGACGCCGCCCAACCAACGGAACGGAACGGAAGUUUGUCAAUACUACUGCCAGAUAGUUAGUCGGGUUGACUUUAGCAUCCACCCCUGCAGCAGUGCUUGCUGCUUCCUUGGACUUGCGUAAUUAAGUUGCUUGACUUUUCGAAUAAUCCUCUUUUUCUUUUCCUAAUCACAAUUCACAACUGAUUCCCUUUUAUAUAAUGGGUUUCUUUACGAUAGAUAGAAUGAAUCUCAGUCAAAGGGGUUUGUUUGUUGUUUCUUGAGGUUAUUAGGUAACAAUUAAGGUAAGCACUGACGACUCUCAAUCACUACUCUUGAUCAUCUCGAUCUUCUCAUCAUGUGAAUAAAUUAAGCUCAUAAACUAGCUCUCAUCAUCUCACUCUAUUUGAAUUUCUUUCCUUCUAGGUGGCUGGACUUUUAUGCAUGGUUCUUCACAGUGAGGUAGACCGCGAUCCAUCAAACUAUCGUGGAUUUUGUGAUUGUGAAGGCUGGUGAAUUUUAUUAGUCAAUCAAUAGGCGAAAGUAAAAAAAAAAAAAUCCUAUAAAUGAAUGGACUAGUGCAUAACGUUGAUUUCGUCAACCCAUGUGACAUUGAAAAAGUUACAUUUUUUUCAUAUACAUUGUCUAUAUGAAAGCGAAAUACAAAAACUUGCACACAUCUUCGUCCCAAAAUUUUUGCCUUACAUUUCACACACCUUUUUCACAUGUAUUUUCUUCCAAAUGUGUAGUGCGUUUGUAAGAGAAAAAAACAUGCAUGAUGAACACGGUGCAUUUGACCAGCUACCUAAGAGAGAAGCCUUGUACAUGCAUGAUCUAAACAAGGUUUUGAACACCUAAGAAUUUGGAUUGUAAUAAUGUCCUAUUUAUUCAUUCUGAGUAGUAGGAGGUAGCUAGAUAGCCAAGAAAGUCAAAAUGGAUCGGGUUUAUAGGUAAAGAAGAAACUGCACCAAACCAACUUGUUUGUUUCAACGACCACAUAUAUAGAGGUUAUUUUAUGUUGUAUUUGUACGUAUGGUAUAGUGGAACUCAUCAAUUUGGUCACUCUAACGACUGGCCAAGGAAGGGCAGCCAAAAUUCCCAACAAACCCUAAAAGUACCCUUAAAAACUUAAAAGUUGGAGUUUGUAAUAAUCGCCGGUUCAGUUUGGCAAGAUGACAAUUUUGGACCAUUGACCCGAACGCGGCCUGGUUUCCCACGACAAACAAACUUUUCUUAAUAGAUAGAAAGGCCCAUGCCUCUUGUUUGAUAAAUUGAUUAGUUUGGGUUUCAUUUGUGAGGCAUACUUGUACUAAGAUUUGGAUAGUAAAUCAUAAUAUUCUAAUAUUUAUUAUAUUUAGGGGUAUUCAUAGAUACUCACAGAUAUUAAUUUUUUCGUCUUUAUUUCUUUAUUACUUAAUACUCACCCACCAUAUCCAUGGAAAAUAUCCCUAUUUAAUCGAAAAAAAUUCAAUCGGGUACUCUUAAUAUUAAUAUUUUUUUAUUCGUAUUUUGUACCACCAAAACCCGCGUAUCGGAUAUUUAUCCCGAGGCACAAAAAAUUCAAGUGUAUAAAGUGACAAAUUGGGAUGAUAAAACAUGAAAGUUUGUUUUGGGUAGAUAGUCGGGGUUAAUUUACAUUUAUUUCCUGUGUUUGAGACUCAAGUGUGGUGAUGUGAAUGACUUUCAUACCUAUGUUAAACUUAUUUAUCAGGUAUUUUUAUAUAAUUAUAUGGUGUAUGCUUAACUAAAAGUCAAAGGAUUUGAAUUAUAUUAGAUCGAUGGAUAAGGCCAAUUGAACCAUUAUUCAUGAUCCACGCCAAUUAUAUUAGACAAACCAGAUAAAUCAAUGACUAAGAAAUGCAUAAGAACAGG